GCGGCGUGGGUGCUGCGGGCGGUGACCUGUAUUGACCUGACGACCUUGGCCGGUGACGACACGCCCGGCAACGUCCACCGGCUGUGUAUGAAGGCGACCCAGCCGGUACGCUACGACCUGCUGAAGAGCAUGGACAUGCAGGACGAAGGUGUGACUACUGCAGCGGUGUGCGUGUACCCAUCUCGUGUGGCUGAUGCUGUGAAGUCACUGAAAGCAGCCAACUCCAGCCUACCUGUCGCCAGGUAA